AAACAUUUCACAACGGCGGUUACAGUUUAUUUCACAACAACGGUUACAGUUGAAAGGCAGGGGCAGUUGAGUCAUUUCAGCAACUCUUAUCAAUCUCUUCACUUCAUUGAAAAGCUCGUCCUACUUCAUGUUCUUUUCCACGCCUCUCUCUCUCUCUGAUCUUUCUCUCUCGCUGUAGCUUUCAAGCCCAACUCGUCACUAGUGCUUCUAAUUCAAACCACUAUCAAUCUUUCUUCAAACUCCACUCUGUUUCAGUCUUCUAAACCAAACAAUCAAAGAUUUAUUCAAUCUGCACCAUAAUUCAGGUUUGGAAAGUAGUUGAUCUUUGUCUUGUUCUCCGUCUUUCUCUGAGCCUGCGAGCUUCCUAUUUAUAAUUCAACUCCAAACACCCACAACCCAAUUUUCCAAGAAAUUCUUCUUUCCUUUCUGUAAGCAUCAGUCACACAAUGGAGUCUGAAAAUGGGGUUUCUUUGGAGGAUGAGAGUUGUGUUAUUGUCAAAAACUAUGUGGAAGAAUCAGUUGGUAACAGUGAAGUUCCCACCAUGAAUGGAAUAUCUGAAGGCUUUAAUUCCUCUGAAGUUGUAGUUAAGGCCUCUACAACUGUUGCUACAAGUAAAAAUUCAAAAUCUAUAAAGGAACCUAGAGUUUUGAAUGGUGGUUCUCCAAAGAACAAUAAACUGGCCAAGGACAAAGCCAAUCUGAAAACCACAACUCCAUUUUCUCGAAACCAGAGGUCGAUCCUUACUCAGAGUGUUUCCUUCCCAGAGAAAGGAGUCCGGGCUGAUGUUAUGAACAAGAGCAUUGAUGUGUAUCCAUUGAAAAGAGACGCCAAAGAUGCUCAAAGAAAUGGGACUAAAUCCCACUCAAAUCAUCCCAAUAGGCAUGCAUCCACUGGAGUCCACUCAAAGGAAGCAAAUACAAUUGGUGGAGCUUCUGGUUGGCCAACUUCUUUAGCAUCCACACCUAGCAUUAGACGCUCUGUGCUUGGGAAGUCUGGUUCUUUGAAGGCAACUAGUAACUGUCCAGCUGAGGCAUCCCAAUUGGUUAAUCAAAAUUCAGAUCCUAUGAAAGCAGCACUGUCGGUGAAAGAGGAUGAGGAUGCCCGUUCCACUACUUCAAGUGGUACUCCUCAUGAGCUGAGGAGCAGCGGUUCAAGAUUUUCCUCCAGGUUGGAAGAACGAGCUGAAAAACGCAAGGAGUUCUUUUCAAAGAUAGAAGAGAAGAUACAAGCAAAAGAAGCAGAAAGAACCAACUUGCAAGCAAAAUCCAAGGAAAGCCAGGAGGCAGAGAUCAAGCAACUGAGAAAGAACCUGACAUUUAAGGCUACACCCAUGCCAAGUUUCUAUAAAGAGCCUCCUCCAAGAAUUGAAAUAAAGAAGAUUCCGACCACACGUGCAAUAUCUCCAAAGCUUGGAAGGCAGAAGAGCUCUGUGACUGCAAAAAACAACUCUUUAGAAGGUGAUGUGCCUUGUGCUAGCCCACGUUCGAACCUUUCUCCAAAGCUCAUGAAGAGCAAGAAUUCCAUUGCUGCAAACGACUCUUCAGAAGGCGAGGGGUCUUAUCGUAGCCCGCAUCUUAACCGAGAACAGAACAAUUCAAGCAAAGGAUUGCGGGCAGAAUCUAACAAAAAUGUUGUUGCUUCGAAGAAGCCAAUUAGAAAGUCGCAACUCGGACUUCAAUCUCAGGAAGUUGCAGUCACCAAGACUGAAAGAAAGCCUGCUAAGCCUAAACCAGAGCCACCAGGAGAAGAAACCCAAAACCAGAAAGCAUGUAGUGCAGAAAAUGAAGAAAGCCAGAACCAGUCCCUGUGUCUUUCGGAAUACAAAGAUGAGAUAGACCUAGUGCCUACAAUGGAUACUGCCCAGAACAAUGCACCGGUUUUGAAUUCACCUGCCCCUGAGAUUAUGCCUCAUGAAGUUACCGUUGGAGGUUAAAGACAUACUUCUUGGAACUUUAUUUAUAGGUUUGAAAGUUUUUAAAGUUUUCAUUAAACUUAUCAAAAGAAAGAGAGUUCCUGGUCUUGUGAAUACAGUGGUUGUGAGUAAAUCAUGUAAGUUGAAUACUGUUAUCCACAGCUUAUGGAAGUGUUUGCCUAAGUGAUCACCAUGGCUUUCAUCUUUUAUAGGCAAUUUAUGAUAAAUCUGUUUUAUU